AUGACCACAGAUUUACCAGACCGUGGCAUCCGCAUCGCCAUUGACCGUGGUGGAACCUUUACAGAUUGUGUUGGCGAGCUCAACGGCAAAGAGAUCAUCAUCAAGCUCCUUUCCGAAGAUCCGGCCAACUACAAAGAUGCGCCCCUCGAGGGCAUCCGCCGCAUCAUGUCGCACUUCCUCGGCCACGACAUACCCCGCGGCGAGGCACUCGACACUAAAAAGAUAGAAUCCAUCCGUAUGGGCACCACCGUGGCGACGAAUGCGUUGCUGGAGCGCAAGGGCGAGAAGAUCGCCAUGGUCGUCACCAAGGGGUUCAAGGACUGCCUCGCCAUCGGCAACCAAAGCAGACCCAAGAUUUUUGAUCUGGCAAUCCGGAAACCCGACGUUUUGUAUGAGAAGGUGGUCGAGAUUGGUGAGCGUGUGACCCUGGAGGACUACGCUGAGGAUCCCGAGAGGCACUUGACGCAGGCUUCUGCCAAGGCGGGGACGCCCGAGGCCGCGAAAGAAGAGCUUGUCCAGGGCACAUCAGGGGAAGCCGUGAGAAUACUCCAGCGGCCCGAGGCUGAGAGUAUCCGUAGUCAGCUGCAAGAGGUAUAUGACUCUGGUAUCCGCAGCAUAGCUGUAUGUCUGAUGCACGGCUACACCUUCCCCGAUCAUGAGGCCCUUAUCGGAAAGAUUGCCAAGGAUAUUGGAUUUAAGCAUAUUUCCCUCAGCCACGAGCUUAUGCCAAUGAUCAAGCUGGUCUCACGAGCAACAUCCGUCUGUGCGGACGCGUAUCUCACACCUGCCAUCAAGAAGUACAUCUCGGGCUUCCAGGCCGGGUUCGAGGGUGGCCUGGGUACGAGGAGCGUCCAGCAGGAGGAAGGCGCCAAGGGCGCGCGCUGCGAGUUCAUGCAGAGCGACGGCGGCCUUGUUGACGUAGAAAACUUUACUGGCCUCAAGGCCAUCCUGUCCGGGCCGGCAGGUGGCGUUGUGGGGUAUGCCAUCACGUCAUACGAUGAAGAGACCAAAGUUCCGGUGAUUGGGUUCGACAUGGGCGGCACGAGCACUGAUGUCUCUCGAUUUGGUGAGGGUCGCUAUGAGCAUGUAUUCGAGACCACUACCGCCGGUGUGACUAUCCAGUCGCCGCAGCUGGACAUCAACACAGUGGCUGCAGGUGGUGGAUCGAUGCUGUUUUGGAAGAAUGGCCUCUUUGUCGUGGGACCAGAGUCUGCUGGAGCACACCCGGGUCCGGCAUGUUACCGAAAAGGAGGUCCCGCGACCGUCACGGAUGCGAACCUCUAUCUCGGUCGCCUGCUACCCGAGUUUUUCCCCAAGAUUUUCGGCGAGAACGAGGACCAAGGGCUUGACCCCGAGGCCAGUAAGAAGGUGCUGCAGGAGCUUGCUGGUCGGAUCAAUGAGGAGACUGGAAGGAACAUGAGUGUUGAUGAGGUGGCGUAUGGCUUCUUGACUGUGGCCAACGAGACCAUGACGAGACCCAUCCGGUCAAUCACCGAGGCUAAGGGACAUGACUCAUCGAAGCAUCGUUUGGCAACUUUUGGUGGUGCUGGUGGUCAGCAUGCUGUCGCCAUCGGGGAAGCCCUCGGAAUCCAACAGAUCCUCAUCCACAGAUACUCCUCCGUCCUUUCGGCAUACGGCAUGGCUUUGGCCGAUGUCGUUGAUGAACGCCAAGAGCCUGACUCCAAGGUCUGGGAGUACCCGGGCAAGGCGGCCGACGAGCUGAAGAGCAAGAUGGAGAAGUUGAAGGAAAGAUCUCGCAAUGCUUUACGCAACCAGGGUUUCGAGGAUAAAGAAAUCGUCUUUGAGGAGUACCUCAACAUGAGAUACCGUGGUACCGAGUCGGCGUUGAUGAUCAUCAAGCCGGGCCAAGACGAGCAGAAUGAUGCCAAGGGCUGGGACUUUGGAACCGCUUUCAUCCAGCAGCAUCGUUAUGAGUUCGGGUUUACUCUCGAUGACAGAGACAUCAUUGUGGACGAUGUCCGCGUCAGAGGCAUUGGCAAGAGCUACAGGCAUACGGAAAAGACAGUUGAUCAGCAGCUGAAGGAACUGAAGCGCAAGGAUGUGGAGCAGAGCAAGGCACAUAACCGACAGAAAGUGUUUUUCGAGGAGGGCCGACUUGAUACUCCUGUGUACAAGCUCGAAGACCUGGGCACUGGCGAGAUCAUCAAGGGGCCUGCCAUGCUGGCCGAUGGAACCCAGACAAUUGUGGUCACGCCCAAGGCCACAGCCUUGGUACUUGAUACCCAUGUUAUCAUCGACAUCCAGAAGGACGGCUCAAAAGAGGAAAACACACAAGAGAGCCAAGGGGAACGCGAGGUUGAUCCGAUCAUGCUGAGUAUCUUUGGUCAUCGCUUCAUGGCGAUUGCAGAACAGAUGGGUAGAGCACUGCAGAAGACAAGUGUCAGUACCAACGUGAAGGAGCGUCUAGACUUUUCUUGCGCCAUUUUCGACGCGUCGGGCGGCCUCGUAGCAAAUGCUCCUCACUUGCCGGUUCACUUGGGCUCCAUGUCAACCUGCGUCAAGCGCCAAGCUGAGAUAUGGAAGGGUGAUUUGAAGAAGGGCGAUGUCAUCAUCUCCAAUCACCCCUCGUAUGGAGGCACUCAUCUGCCGGAUAUCACUCUUGUAAUGCCGGCCUUCAACGACAAAGGCGAUAAGAUUCUCUUCUACGCGGCCUCCAGAGCUCAUCACGCAGACAUCGGUGGCAUCACCGCCGGCAGUAUGCCACCUCACUCAAAGGAGUUGUUCCAAGAAGGCGCCGCGAUCAAGAGCGAGAAGCUUGUGAGCGAAGGCCGCUUCGAUGAGAAGAGAGUGACAGAGCUGCUAUACAACGAGCCCGCACAGUACCCUGGCUGCAGCGGGACCCGCUGCCUAGCUGACAACAUCAAUGACCUGAGAGCUCAGGUGUCGGCUAACCAGAAGGGUAUUGCACUUAUUGAGGGGCUCAUUGAGGAGUACGGCGAGGAGACGGUGCAGUUCUACAUGGUCCAUAUCCAGAACAACGCAGAGCUGUGCGUCCGUAAGCUCCUGAAAGGGGUCAGCAAGCGCUUCGAGGGCAGAGAGCUCCAGGCGGUAGACUUCAUGGACGACGGCAGCCCCAUUCGGCUGAAGGUGACGAUCGACGCUGAAAAGGGCGAGGCGGUCUUUGACUUUGAGGGCACUGGUCCUGAAGUCUACGGCAACAUCAACGCUCCAGAGGCCGUGACAUACAGUGCCAUCAUCUACUGCCUCCGCUGCCUCAUCUCCGAGGACAUUCCCCUGAACCAGGGGUGUCUCAAGCCCAUUAACGUCAAGAUCCCGCCAAAGUCACUCCUUUCCCCCUCAGGCGGCGCCGCCGUGGUUGGCGGCAACGUGCUGACGAGUCAGCGCGUGACGGAUGUCAUCUUCAAGGCCUUCCAGGCGUGCGCGGCGAGCCAGGGUGACUGUAACAACCUCACAUUUGGCUUUGGCGGGAACCUCACGGGCCAAAAGGAAGUCAAAGGGUUCGGGUACUAUGAGACGAUCGCGGGCGGUAGCGGCGCAGGUCCCACCUGGGAGGGGACCAGUGGUGUGCACACUCACAUGACCAACACGCGCAUCACGGACUCGGAGGUGUUUGAGCGGCGUUAUCCGGUGAUCCUGCGCGAGUUCUCGCUGCGGGACGGGUCUGGUGGAGAUGGACAGCACCGCGGCGGCGACGGCGUCGUGAGGGACAUCGAGUUCCGCAUCCCGGUGCAGGUGUCGAUCCUCAGUGAGAGGCGGGUGUACCGGCCAUAUGGGCUCGCCGGCGGCGAGGAUGGCGAGUCCGGACUAAACAUCUGGGUGAGGAAGGUUGAGAAUGGAAGCUGGGAGAAAUCCCUGAAGAGGCUCAAGGGUGGGCAGAGCAGCGGGGAGGAUGCCGAGGUGGAGUAUGAGGAGAGGAGAUUCAACCUGGGUGCCAAGAACAGCGCGCCAAUGAAGCCGGGUGAGAGGAUCAUCAUCAACACCCCAGGCGGCGGUGGCUGGGGUAAGGUCGGGACGGAGAAGGCGUUUACGCGGAAGAGAGAUCCGACGGAAGGGUGGAGGAAGGGGAGUCAUGCGAACAGGGAGGAUACCGCGCUUCAAGUAUGA